CAUCGUCUCUGCAUUUUGUUUUCCAUUACCCACUUUGUUUGUACCUGCAAGGCCACACUCAACUGUUCUUUGAUAAUUAACCUCUGAGAAUGAUACAAUACCUGAUUAACUGAAUUGUAUCUUAAAAAUCUUCGGCAUCCUUGCGUCCUCAAUCCUUCCACAGUUCCUGGCUGUUUUGUACGCGCCGUCCCCUACUCCAGCAUCAAGCCUGGUCGAUUCGGAGGACGCCAACAAGUUUAUCGCCCCACCCAAAUUCGACCCAUCACGGAUUCCACAAUGCCACCGCGUGUCAAACCAGAGCCUGGAGCGACUAUUCCUGAGACGCCCCCCCGCCGCGGCAACCCACGCCCAAACAACCCAAGCACACCCCGUACGCGCACACGCGUGCCUAGUCGCCCAGCACCCUCAGCGGAUUCAAGUUCAGGUUUCUCCCCAGAAGAUCCGCGUGGUCGCCGGUCGGGUGCUCCUACUGUCGAUACUCGAGUUGCUGCUCUGCAGGCUCCACCUCCGUCGUCCGACACAGAUAAUGACUGUGUUUUCAUGGAAGUCCGGCCCAGGACGAAGAUAGAAGUUGGAACGGACGGUGCAAUCGACAUGCCAUUCGCAGGCGCCGAGCCAGGCGAUAUCGACAAGAAUCUCAAGGAUAUUGGUCAACAUCUCAAGAAAUUUAAUGAUACCCUUGGCUCCCUGCAGCAGCUCGGUAUUCAUCAUGAUACUCCUCUCCCUGAGCUCAUCCUCGUCGGAGAUCAGUCUUCUGGAAAGUCAAGUCUCAUGUCAGCCAUCUCCAAAAUUAUCCUUCCUCGAAGCGAUGGCGUCUGUACCCGUUGUCCCAUCCACAUCCGCCUCUCCAGCGAUUCGGCAUGGCGGUGCCGCAUUUCUCUACAGCAGGACUAUGCCUACCGGCCACCCAACAACGAGCCCAUCACUGAGGCGGAUGUGACCGACCAGAACCCUUUCCCGCCCUGGGUAAAACAACAGCGGGAAGUCAAGGAGUUCAAGAUGGUCUACCAGAAGACGGAUCCUAUUGACGACAUUGUUCGAUGGGCCCAGAUCGCUAUUCUCAAUCACAACCGGAACUACAAAAACUACGUGCCCAAAGACUGGAACCAACGUACGCCCGAGGAGCAAGACCCCGAGGUGGAGGCACAACUUCUGGCUGAGGCGGAGCGACAUACUGAGGCCAAGUUCUCUCCCAACACAGUGGCCAUUGAAGUGAAGGGCCCCGAACUGCCUGAUCUGUCAUUCUACGAUAUGCCCGGUGUUUUUCGAAAUGCGAAGCAUGAAGAGGACCAAUUCCUGGUCAAGGUCGUCGAGAACCUGGUCAAGAGCUACGUUUCGCAUGAGAAAGCGAUCAUUAUGUGGGCAGUGCCUAUGAACCAUGAUCCUGAGACCUCGUCUACCUUCACUCUGAUAAGAAACAUCAGGGCGCAAGGUCGGACAAUUGGGGUUAUGACAAAAGCCGAUCUGCUGCCACGUGGCGGACACGCCCAAUGGCUGGCUAUGCUUGCCGGACAACAGCACCAGGUCGGCCGGGGCUACUUCAUUACAUCUCGAGCCCCGCCUUCUGUGAACCUCGAUGGCACCCCUCACGGCAAUGAGCUUCGCCGGGAGCGUCCGAGUCUGUCCGAUGAACGUGCGGCAGAAGAGGCCUUUUUUAACCGACAAGUGCCCAGUGCUGACCGAACAUGGCCAGAUGAAUUCUCUCCCUUUGACGAUCGAUGUGGAAUUGAUCAACUCGUCAAAUUUUUGGCACAAGACCUUGCGCAAGAGUUCGCCAAGAAUCUGCCCAGCUUGUCACAGAAGCUCCAUGCCAAACUUCACAGCACCCAAGAAUCCCUUAGGAGACUCCCAGAGAUGCCUCAAAACCCGGAAUACGAAGUGCGGAAGAGCAUACUGAAGUUUACAAGCGACGUUCAGGCCCGCCUGAAGAGCAAGGCCUUUGCGGCUUCUUGGAGCGCGAUCGCUGAAGGCUUCAAGGCGCGAAUCAUCGACCUUUACCCUCGCUUCCGCGUUAAACCCGAGGGCUUUGCAAUACACGCAGAUGGUAGCGAUCGAGAUAGUGUCUACUCAGUUAAUAACUCGCCGAGCCUCUCGAACAAACGUCACCGUCCCAUCGAUCUCACAACGGAGGGAACUCCCUCGGCUCAGCGACGCCGGGUGGAGAAUACACGUGUGAAGACCGAGGAGGGCAAUGGCUCAUUCUCUUUAGGCUCUCCAAGAGGGACCCCUGGUCCUGUGAAUGGCAGGAUCCCCAGCAAGACUCUCGAAGAGAUCCGGGUCCUGAUUCGCUCAGAACGCGAGGCCGGCAAGCCCGGCGAAAUUCCAUACGACGUUAUCGAACGUCUCUGUAUGGAGGCGGUACGACCGUGGAGCGCUCCUUGGCAAAAAUUUCUGGAUGAGACGAUGCUCCAUCUGCGACGCGAACUGGAUGCGUCUCUCGGCGAGUCCUUUCAGGACUUGAAGAAACGUCAGGUGUACAGCAUCGUCCAGAAGCUCACGAGGGAAUGGCUGAAAGACCACCGUGGCCGGAUCUUCCACCAGCUUGAGCGCAAUUACAAAAUGGAGACGACUAAAAUCUAUACGCUGGACGACGAGACUUUUGCACGUCACCGCGUCCACGAGGGAAACAUGCUGAAGCGUAACCGGCACUUUCAGCGUAUGAAGCAAUACAACGGCGAUCACAGUCCCACUAAGCUUGAGGACUGGAGCACGAUGUCAGCUGAGGCUCGCCGCAAGGAGGAGAUCGAGACCCAAAAGGAGGCGGUUAAGCUGGGUGAAGACCCUUUCAAGGAUGAGCUCGACGUUGCAUCUCACGUCCGUGGCUAUUACCUUACCGCGGCCAUGAGGUUCAUCGAUGUUGUUUCCAUGCAGAUCACCUGCGGGCUCUUCCCAGAUCUUGUCGCCGAUAUCGAGCUGUAUCUCGAGAAUAAGAUGGGUCUCACUCAGCGAACCGACCCGGAUAUUUUCGUCGCUUUGAUGGAGGAGGAGCAGUCUACUGCCGAGAAGCGACUGAAGCUCAAGGCCGAACUGCAGCGGUUUCAGCGGGCCGUCAGAGAGCUUUCGGACCUCGAGGAGACAGUCAUGAGGGGCUCGAUGAACGAUAGCGCAACGCCACAGCAGGAGGAUCAGUACAUGAGGGACGUCGAGGUAAAUGAUGCGGAAGAUGAGAUUUAA